GCCUGCUGCAGUGCUCCUUAUGCUCUUCCUGAAUCACCCCCAUCGGGUAUCUGCUGGGAAGGAACUGUCAUUUGUGUGCUGGGAGGUGACUUAUCAUUUGUCUGCUGGGGGACUAUCAUUUGUCUGCUGAGGACUAUCAUUUGUCUGCUGGGGAACUAUAUGUCUGCUGAGAACUAGUUGAGGCGUUGGUAAGACGGCUGUGAGUCGUGUAUAUAGUUACCACUCCAGUCAAGCAGCGCUGCGUCACGAAGACGGACUCAGUCACCCACUGCUGCUUCAUAGAGACGGAACGACACUGCUGAUGUGUGACUCUGCCUCUCAGCUCAGCACCUUCGCCUCAGCACAUCGGCACACACUUCGUGUACCGGCAGCAGAGUUGUGUGUGCGGGGGCGAAGUAGAGGUGACCACAACAAUACUGCUUCUAACACCAACACCUCGUCAUGCUAAGAGACUGCAACAAAACCAAGCGGUUGUUCCUGUCAGUGUUGAUGAUCAGCUUCGUGACACUGGGCACCUACAUACUGUACACAAGCAGUGGACUAACCUGGGUCGUGCCAUCCACUGUUUCUUUCCGCAGGAGCACCCGGGUAACCCUCGCUGACACCAUCUUCAAACUCCUAAAGGUUGCUGACUCUCCAGUGAAGAUGAGCGUUGUAUCUAAGUCACUCAGAGCCGUCCCUCCACCCAUCUUACCUGGGGAUUCUAACUUGUCCUACGCUGAUGACAGAUCCUUGAAAAUCACUAAAAGGCCAGUUGACUUGUACAGAGAGAUUCCGGCAGAUAAAGACAAUAUUGACCCCAACAAUCCUCCGCUGAAGAAGAUUCUCUUCUGGAAUGACGCGUACAGCGGCAUGCACUACGGGUUUGGGUUUGGUCGGGAGCCCUUCCUGAGGGCCGGGUGUCGUGUCAACACCUGCAUGACCACCAGCAACCGGUCCAGGUUCCCCAUCAAGGAAAUUGACGCCCUCAUGUGGCAUUUCCGUUCUAAUGACAGAUCUCUGCCCAACACUAGGUCCCCACACACUCGUUAUGUGUUCUGGAUGAUGGAAUCCGCCUCGUACCUCUAUGGGAAUCUGGAGUUCUAUAAGAACGUCUUUAACUGGACCUUCACCUACAGACUCGACUCUGACUUUCCGAACCCGUAUGGGCAAGUAUUUCGUCGACAGAAGCCACUACCAGUCCAGCAGAGGAAUUACGCGGCCAAUAAAACUAAGUUGGUGGCCUGGUUCGUCUCGAACUGUAUGACACAGAGCGGCAGAGAAACUCUAGCAAAAAAUUUGAGGAAAUUUAUCGAGGUGGACCAGUACGGCGCGUGUGGACUGUUGAGAUGCGACAGACAGCACGAAGAAGUGUGUCUGGAGAUGCUGAACAAGAAGUACAAGUUCUAUCUGGCCUUCGAGAACUCCCUGUGUCGAGAUUAUGUAACUGAGAAGUUCUUCAACAAACUGAGUCUAGACGUGGUUCCUGUCGUGUACGGAGGUGCCAACUACUCACAGCAUGCGCCGCCACACUCCUAUAUUGACGCUCUCAGCUUCCCCACAGCCAAGGCGCUGGCAGACUACCUCAUCUACCUCAAUAAGAACGACACGGCUUACAAUGAGUACUUCAGAUGGAAGCGGUUUCACCAGUUAAUACAUGGGUGGGCUACAGUGUCUCGCCCCUUCUGCGACCUGUGUGAGCGACUCCACACAGAUACCUCCACCUCAGUAUAUGACUUGCAACGCUGGUUCGCUGAUGAGAGCCGCUGUAGGACCUUUGAAUCUAAAGAUAUAGCACCCUUCAUCAACGGGUUAGAGGCGUGACAAUACUGUAGGUCUACCAACCAACAAGUAUAAAAAAACUUUUAUAGAAAAAACAGGCAAAAAAUAAAACAUUAAAACAAAAAAAAAUUGUAUUUAUUGGCUUGUUUUAUUUUCCAC